AUGUCCAAAAUCGUCCGCUCCAUCAAAAAUGUGGCCAAUGGCUACUCAUCCACACAGAUCUUGGUCAGAAAAGCAACAUCCAAUGAUCCGUCGGGCCCCACUACCUACGACAUGGAAGAGAUCUCGGCCUCUAGUUAUAACUCACAAACUGAGUUCUUGGAGAUUAUGGACAUGCUUGACCGCAGAUUGAACGAUAAGGGAAAGAACUGGCGCCAUGUUGCCAAAUCUUUGACUGUGUUGGAUUACUUGGUCCGCUUUGGUUCCGAGAAGUGUGUGCUCUGGGCCAAGGAUAACCUCUACAUCAUCAAGACAUUGCGGGAAUUUGUACACUUCGACGAGGCCAACAACGACCAGGGUGCUCUUAUCCGUGUCAAGGCCAAGGAGUUGGUGGCCCUUUUGAGAGACGACGAGCGUCUUGCCAGAGAGAGACUGAAUGCCAAAUCUUCCACUAACAACAGCCGCAACAGACGCAGACAGGAGAGACUGUCGGAACCAUACGAUGCAGACUUGCAACGUGCAUUGGAGCUCUCCAGAGAAACCGCGGAGCAGGAGAGCCGGCGCCCGGUUAACCAAGAUGAAGACGAUCCAGAACUUCAGGCUGCACUCAAGCUCUCUCUUGAGGAGGAGGAAAUGCGCAAACGUGAACGACAGAACGAAAACUUGUUGGACUUGGACGACACCCCACAACAGUACCAGCCACAGUACGCUUACGUUCAGCCAGUUCAAUACUUCCAGCCUCAGCAAACGUUCUACGCACAGCCUCAGCAACAGUACGACAUGUUCGGAAACCCUAUCCAACCCACUGGAUACUACCAACAAGGUCAAUAUGGCCAAUUCCAGCAGCCACAAUACACUCAGCCCCAGAUCCCGCAGUACACAGGGUUUAACAACGGACUCAAUUCACCAGACAGGUUGGAGCCUUUGAAAACUGGAUCUAACAAUCCAUUUGCUCUACAAGACUCAAGACCACAGCAACUGCAGCCACAGCAACAGUCCUUGAAUAACUUGGCUCAGCAACAGCAACAGAAUCAACAGCAGCAGCAACCAGCCUUCUUCACCCAGCCUCAAGCUCCAACAUCGCCUGCAAGACAGCAGACACAGUCGUCUAGAUUUAAUGAUAGUCACGAACUUAACGCGCUUUUGGCUACGGGCACGGGCAUUGACACAUUUGGUAAUACAGGUGCUACACGUAUUCCUCACCAGCACACAAAAACCGGAACCUUCAUCAAUUCCCAGGGUACAGGUUACCGCCAGGAGACGAGCAAUGUACGGUUGAGCUCCAAUGCUACAGGUAAUCCCUUUUUGAAUACUGGCAUUGGAAACACUGCCACAUCUGGAAAUUUGGCUGGUCAUGGCAGAAUGGAGCCUGCUGCCACAGGCUACGGUUUUGGUAACUCUAAAGAUGAACCAAGCUUGAUUGACAUUUGA